AAUUUCCCUGGCCAGAGCCUUUCCCGCCAACCAUGCAUAAAAGGGGCUUGUAGAUGCCGGAGAGCCACAGAGCCAGGACAGCAGCCCCUCGCCGCCAGCUCUUGCACUCCAGGCUCCGCCGCGAUCUUCCAGCUAGUCCCAUGGCCCGCACAGCACCCGCCGUCCCCAGCGCUCCGCGGCUGGUCUGGGUGGCGCUGCCAUUGCUGCUACUGGUGGCCUCCGGCCGGCGCGCAGCAGGGGCGCCCGUGGUCACUGAACUGCGCUGCCAGUGUUUGCAGACGGUGCAAGGAAUUCACCUGAAGAACAUUCAAAGCGUGAAGGUGACGCCUUCGGGACCUCACUGCGCCCAGAUCGAAGUCUUAGCCACUCUCAAGAACGGACAGGAAGCUUGUCUCAACCCUGAAGCCCCCGUGGUUAAGAAAAUCAUCCAUAAGAUGCUGAACAAUGGCAAUUCCAGCUGACUGGGAAAAGGAGGCAGUUCCUUGCUGAUCGUUCCUGAGACAGGACCUGACUUCAUAUGAAAAGGAGAUGAAAAGAGAGCUCCUGAGGCCACCCAGAGUGACCUUAGUGUGCUUAAGCAUGUCUUCUGAGAGUUCUUCUGUUUAUUUGUUCUCAAAGGUUCGAGUUUAAUAUUUUAUUUAUAAAAUAAUUAAGGGUAUGAUUAAAUCUACUUGCACAUAACCAUUAUAUUUAUUGUUUAUUUUAUAUCAAGCCCAGAUUAAUUCAAUACUGAUUCUUAUUUAAGCUGGCAUCUGAAAGGAUCCAAGCAAGCAGAAAGUGAGAUCAGUGUCAGUGUAGGAGAAUGUGCAUACACAUCUAUUUUUGUGACUCUUUAAAAGAAUGUUAGUUGUUAUUUAUUGAAAUGGCUUUCCAGUACGUGGUCAACAUUUCUCAUGUUGAAACUUUAUGAACUACAAUGUUCUAAAUAUCCCUUGGACAUUUUAUGUCUUUCUUAUGUAAGGCAUCACGCCUUAUUUAUUGUUAAUAAUGCAAUGUUACUAUGUCUUAGAACAAAGAGGUUUAAAUAUUGAUGUUUUUACAAAGAACAUGAAAAUAAAGGAUUUAAAAAUAAAGAAUGUUUAUUUCCUGGGGGUGGGGAGGGCUAUCUUUACUGGAUUAUCUAAUGAUUUACAUCAGUGUUUCUCAACUUUUUCUUCCUAGGGACUCAAUUUGCUUCACAGAUAAAUCAUGAGUCAUGCCUAAUUUCAUCUGGUGUGAUAGAUCUCACUUCCCUUGGCUCUCAUCUAUUUAAGAAUGUGCUUCUCCAAACUUGUAGGCUACUUUUGAUGUGAGAGUCAUUAAUGUGGACAGAUGGAUGAAUAGUUAUGGAUGGGUAUAGACAUAGAUAUUCUUUAAUGAAGUUGACAAUGAAAUGGUCGUGAAGUUGACUUUUUUUUAUUCUUCAAAACUAUUUGUGUCAUCAGUAGAAGCAGAAAAAGUGAGUGGCUGAGUACUUUACCUGCAAAAAAGAUCUAACUGCGACUCAGGUUCCACUCUCUAACUCUCACAUAUGUAGGAAAUUACCAUCAAUUUAAUGUUCUUCCAAUUCUUUAUACCAAUUACAUGAAACGUGGCUUUAACAUCAGCUCCCACCCUUCCUAGUGAAGUUUAUGUGGAAUCUGUUACAAUGUUUAUCCUGGGAAAACCUUUGGAUAGCUUGGUAUUCAAUGCUGCUGAAGGAUGACAGCAGCAAUCCAGGUUUCCAAGAGACAAAAAUGCCAUGUCUAAAGAGAAAGUGUCUCAAUAAUCUUAAAAAAAAAAAAAAAUCUGUGUCUGAAAGAAAAGAAUUUUCUUUACCUGUGUGAGGUAUGUGUUUAUCUCCAAUUUAGGACUAAUUCAGUAGAUCCUGAACUUAGGUAAACACUUUCAGCAGAGGCAAGAAGGCUGGGCUCAAAGCCUGAACACUUGAGAUCAAGUUCUGGUUUGGCCCAAGUAGCUGGGUAAAUAAAGGCCCCAAGUAGCAGAAACGAUCUCUAUGUGAGUUUUUUUUCCCCCCCAUAUUUAAAAAGUUAAAAAUUUUCUCUUAAUAAGUUCCAGCUAUUAAUUAUGAAUGUGAUAAAAAGGAAUAAAAUUUUUAAACUGCACAGAAAGAAAUAAAUGCAAACCAUUCUAGAAACUCCAUAAAUGCUAGCAUUCACUCCCUAACCCUGAGUUACAGGACAUGGGAAAAUGUUUACAAGUAGGACCCCAAGGGCUCACUAAAGCCACACCUUGCACCUAGGGUCAGACCAUAUCUUCAGCAUUGCCUAGAGCUUGCUGUUCUGACUGCUGUGUUCCUGUCAAUAUGGAACACGGAACACAAGAAGGACGAAAGAGAUGCUUUUAUUCAUGUAGUGGUUAAAGACAGGUUUCAGAAGAUCAGAUAGACUUUAGGGUAAAUUCUAACUAUAUCACUGAGAUCUGGAUCAAGUUUUGUGAUUUCACUCAACUUUAUUUCCCCUUUUAUAAAUGAAGAUAAUAACAGAGUGCACCUUGUGAAGUGUUUCAGGGAGUAAACUUUAUUGAUAACAACAAAAAUCUGCUUCUUGACCUAGGUACCCAGGACAAUGUCAUGGACAUGUCUCAGUUUUAGAUCAAAAUGGGAUGUAAAUUGCAGUUUCCAUGCCAAAUCACCCUAUACCUUCAAAGUGCAAGGCAGUUUCUUAUGGGGAGUGUUAUGGCAGGAAGUGGGACACAAGAGGGUGUGAGGUGGUAGUCCAGGGUGAAGGAAGUAGGAAAAGAAUAUUAUGUAACAUAUCUUCACUUCUUGAGGCCAUCCACAGAAAACAGCAAGGACCAAAGUGGCUGAGGUUUUCUGAGAAAUGCUACCAAAAGAGACAGAGAAGAAGAGGAAGGAAAUAGAACUGAAGCUAUCUGUCAAUGCAAGUCCUUCUUUGUGAGUUCUCCUGAGACGUCUUCUCAGGACUUCCAAAAGUAACUGAAGAGACAUUGGGGGAUGGUGGAGGUAGCAGAUCCCCAUUAGCACAAGGAGGGUCAUCCAGAAAAAGGCAUGACAGUGUUUCUUGUCUCUGGAUACUUAUACAAAUAAUCAGGAAAAAGUCCAGUCCCACGUUCAUCCUUGAUGCCCCGGUCCACAUGGCCUCCAUUCACCAAGGAGAUCAGCAGUCACAGUGUGCAAUGGCUUCUCAGCUUGAGCUCCCUGUUCUUCAAUUUCUCUUCCUGAGGGCUUUGUGUGGGAAGGGGACUUGGCAGAGUCAGCGCGAUUCCCAUUCCAGAAGGCCUGUGAAUUAAUGCCUUCAGAGGAAAAUCCUUGUGGAAGGGCAGAACUUAGUAGAUGAAGAGUCUAUUUUCCCAGUUCCUUGAUAGGACAAUGCUAGAAAUUUCUUUCUUUUAUAUCUCUAUAUGUAUGUAUAUGU